CAGACCAAGUCCUCACCCAAAUCUCCAACAACCACCCGACAACCAUUUAUCCUUCGCCAAAAGCCAUCAUGUCGGACGGCCAGACGAAGCAGUUCGGGAAGAGCCAGAGGGUCGUGCCCGCCGACAAGGCCCAGAAGUGGUACCCCGUGGAUGACCAGUCGCAGCCCAAGAAAGUCCGCAAGACUCUGCGUCCCGCCAAGGUCCGCGAGACCCUCGUUCCCGGCACCAUCCUGAUCCUCCUCGCUGGCCGUUUCCGCGGCAAGCGUGUCAUCCUCCUCAAGAACCUCGACCAGGGUGUUCUCCUUGUUACCGGUCCCUUCAAGAUCAACGGUGUCCCUCUCCGUCGCGUGAACUCCCGCUACGUUAUCGCCACCUCCAAGCGUGUCGACAUCUCCGGUGUUGACGCCAAGGCUGUUGAGAAGACCGCCGCUCCCGGAUACUUCACCAAGGACAAGAAGGCCGAGCAGAAGACCGAGGAGGCUUUCUUCAAGCAGGGCGAGAAGGCCGAGAAGAAGGUUGUUGCCAGCGCUCGCGCCAGCGACCAGAAGGCCAUCGACCAGUCCAUCCUUGCCGCUAUCAAGAAGGAGGACUUCCUCGGCUCCUACCUCGCCACCACUUUCAGCCUCCGCAACGGCGACAAGCCCCACGAGAUGAAGUGGUAAAUGUGUGGUAGCCGCGGGUUCGGUAGAUAGUUGGGGAGGACCAUAUCCAACGAGGGGCGGCUCGAUUGCA